CGAUCGCGCGUUGUCUCUUGCCAACUCUGCAGAGAGCGCAAGCUCCGUUGCAACCGCCAAUUCCCCUGCACCAAUUGUAUCGCCCGGGGAGUCUUAUGCCAAGCGCCAGCCGCAGCCGGGGGCCGGGAGGCUCCGGAGACACCGCUAGCAGAGCCCCAGGUUUCCAAUGAUCAAUUGCUGAGGCGAUUAGAAUCAUUGGAAGCUCUGCUUGCUGCCAGGACUAGCCAGAGAGAACUUGCUUCUCCUGAGCCUACUUCUAAUGAAGAUGCAGGGCAGCGGCGAUUAUCCUCCAAUGUCCAAAACUGGCUAUCAGAUGCCUUACUCCUAGAACGGCUAUGCAUGGGUCCGAAAGCAGGAGAUUCUGCACACUCAAAUCCCAUCGUGGUUCGAACAUGCCCUGUUCGGCUCAUCACCCGUCCAUGGUCUUUUGUCUUUCAGAACGAGGCAUUGCCAUCGCUCGCUGUCCAUCCUGAGCCCAUCAGGUGCGUCUGGCUACCGGAGCGCCAAGAAACAAAAAGACUUGUCGACAAGUACAUAAGUGACAUUUCAUUUAUUCACCACGUCAUCCACGGCCCUUCUGUCAGACGACUUGUUGAUCAAGUCUAUGAUACCAUCAACCAAGGAAACCCAGCUCCCAUGGGCCCAAUUGCACUUCUCCUUGCCAUCUUUGCAAAUGCUACUUGCUUGUGGACUCCUCAAGACCUUUCAAGGAACCUCUUCUGUGGUGUGUCCGAGGCGCGUUCACAAGCGUCACUAUGGCAGAAGGCGGGUAUUGAGGUUCUAGAUCAUAUUCAACAAGGUCCGCACGUAUCCCUGGAAGCCACCCAGGCAUUGGUGAUUCUUUGUUACUCGGUAGUCAACCUUGAAGGAGUUUCGAUCAAAUAUAGGGCCCUCUUCUCCAGAGCAAUCACGAUGGCCCGCGAGCUAGGGCUUCAUUGCAUCGACUCUCCACGGCAUGUCUUCGGCAAUAGGGCGGGCUUCACAAGGCUCGAAGCGGAAGUUGGACGUAGGGUUUGGUGGUAUCUGUGCACCACUGACUGGAUACUUGCCGGGCUUUCCGGUACCCUUGGAGGCGCCUACACGAUACACCCGUCUCAGAUGGCAGUACACAAACCUCAGAACGUCGAUGACGAAGACUGCAUCGAUGGGGAAGAGAUAAUUGGAAAGCCGCUGGACCAACCGACAUGCAUGUCGUACUUCCUCGAGCGUAUCCGUUUUGCAGAAAUUUUCCGCGCAUCACUUGAGAGCGCCCAAUUCGCAGCCCUAAGUCCGGACACGAUUAGCUUUCAGCUUGUGCAAGAACUCGAGGCCCGGAUGUCUCGCUUCUGGGAUGAUGCUCCGGAUUUCCUAUGCUUCAACCACAUCUCAUCUGUCAUGAACAGAAACGCGAACAAACUCACAAUUCAAGGAUACAUAUUGAACCUAUUCGUUCAUGGUCAGAGAUGCAGAGCACAUCUCCCCUAUCUCGCUCGUGGCCAAGCAGGCCCAGCAUACACAACGUCUCGUGCAGCCUGUGUGGAGUCCGCUCGGCUCAUAAUUCGCAUGGAGAUGCGAUUAGAGGAGGAUGAGCAUGACUUUGCUUCUACACGAUUGAGGAUGUCAAUUGUCCUGCAUCACAUCUUUCUAGCUUUCCUUGUUUUACUUCUCGAAAUUUGUCUCGACACCAAUGGACCCAGACAAAUCAGCAAGUCCCCAGAAGCUGUUGUAGCAUGGAGGAUCCUGCAGGAUGCAAAGGCACAGUCUCAACAAGCCUCCACUCUGGUAGAGCCACUUGGUCGAGUCAUGCGGAAACAUGAUGUU